AUGAAUUCUACAGAUCAUAAUCCUUCUGCCAACACAAAAGAACCUGAAGAUCCCACCUGGCAAAACAGGAGCUUGAUCGAUCGGCUUUCAUCCCCCAUCGCUUCAACACUGUCCAACAAAAACUUAGCAAGCGAACCAACCGACAAAGUAGCAACUACCAAAACCUCCAACAACCAGAACAUAAGACAACACCUCAAAACAGACAGAGGUAAGAACUUUACUGAACUCAGUAGAAGAAAAGAAACUAAGACUGAUCAAGAGCCGUCCUCUGAACAGAAGCUCACAAUACUGUUCAACAACGAGCUCUAA